UGGUUUCUGUUUAAAUGAUCGAAGUCACGUCAGUGACGUCACGUUGACUUUCAACUGCUGCCCGUUUAUAUUUUAAUCCUCUAAAGAACCGUGGACAGAAAUGGCGGCAGAAAAAAACGACUGGGGCCAGGACUCUGACUCCGACAUGGACAGAGACUCGGGGAAGGUCAGCCCGCUGGCGGGCGAGGAGGAGUUCAAGGCCUCCUGCGCCAAAGGGAUGGCUCUGCUCGCUCUGAUGGAGAAGACGGGAUACAACAUGGUGCAGGAGAACGGACAGAGGAAGUACGGAGGACCGCCCCCAGGCUGGAAAGGCCCGGCCCCCCCACGGGGCUGCGAGGUCUUUGUGGGGAAGAUCCCUAGAGACCUGUACGAAGACGAGCUGGUGCCGCUCUUUGAGAGAGCCGGCCGGAUCUACGAGUUCAGACUGAUGAUGGAGUUCAGCGGAGAGAACCGCGGCUACGCCUUCGUCAUGUACACCAACAGAGAGGCGGCGCAGAGAGCCAUCCAGAUGUUGGACAACUACGAGAUCCACCCGGGGAAGUUCAUCGGCGUGUGCGUGAGUCUGGACAACUGCCGCCUCUUCAUCGGCUCCAUCCCCAAGGACAAGAGGAAGGAGGAGAUCAUGGAGGAGAUGACCAAGGUGACGGACGGGGUGGUGGACGUGAUCGUUUACCCGAGCUCCACCGACAAGAGCCGCAAUCGAGGCUUUGCCUUCGUGGAGUACGAGUCCCACAAAGGGGCGGCCAUGGCCCGCAGGAAGCUCAUACCAGGAACCUUCCAACUGUGGGGUCACUCCAUCCAGGUGGACUGGGCGGAGCCGGAGAAGGACGUGGAUGAGGAGGUGAUGCAGCGCGUCAGAGUCCUUUACGUGCGUAACUUGAUGCUGAGCACCAGCGAGGAGAAGCUCCGCCAGGAGUUCUCCCGCUUCAAGCCGGGCUCCGUGGAGCGCGUGAAGAAGCUGACGGACUACGCUUUCGUCCACUACCGUUGCCGCGACGACGCCGUCACGGCGCUCAGCCUCAUGAACGGCGCCCAGAUCGACGGGGCCACCGUGGAGGUGACGCUGGCCAAGCCGGCGGGGGUCAAGGAGGGGGGCGCGGCCGGGGGGAGGAGGUACAACACCAACCGAGGGUACCUGGGGGGCAGCGCAGGAGGAGCAGCAGCAGGAGGAGGAGGAGCAGGAGGAGGAGGAGGAACAUUGGUUCUGCACAGGAGCGACGCCGGCAUGAUGGGAGGCAGAACGCUGCCCCUGGCGUCUCGGCAGGGAAGCCCCUUUUACAGCGAGGCAGAGGAGCCCGACCAGUGCGUGUUCCCCCUGUUUCCCGGCACCCCCCUGACCCCCACCAGCCUGCUGGCCCUGAAGCAGGGUCAGAUCUACUCGGCCGUCAGCCUGCUCGACUUCUACUGCCACAGGAACUACUGGUCGCUCCCCGAGUACCAGCUGUACUCCACGCCCGGCCAGGAGGGGGCGCUGCUGCUGCUCUACAAGGUGGUGAUCCCCUCCACUCAGAGCACCUUCAUCCCUGACAAGCUGUGUGUGAUGCUGGACGACGCCAAAGAGCUGGCAGCUCAGACCACGCUGUGGAACCUGGACUCCUCCUUCCUGAGCGCUCCCUCCUGCGACUCACCCAGCAGCCCCUCCUCUCCCCUCGUCACCCCCCCCUCCUCCACCAGUCCCGGGCUGCUGUCCUGCUUCGCCUCCUGCCUCCCCCCCCAGAGGCUCUACAUCAGCUCCCAGUCUCCUUUCUACUGA